AUGUGCGCGUGUUUUCGAAACGCGUUUGAUGGCAACGCGGAGGAGGGGUCUGUCGUCGCCGUGAGUUUGGCGUUGUACAGGUCUCCCAGAAACGUCUGCACGCUAGUGGCGUUGAAGUGCUGCCACCAGUCGUCGUUGGAAGUGCUUGGCGACAAUGUGGCCAAGUACAGCACGGAGCAGCUCCUCCUCCGGUCGCAGCUGGGUCCUCUAUCUGUCAUCGGCAUCUUUUGA